AUGGAAAUUUUGGAGACCAGGCCAGAAUUCUCUGGUUUAAAGAGUAUAUUUAGUUGGAUGCAGUCCUACUUUGAUGCGUGCUCAGAUGCACUGAAGCCAUGUAUCUUUUAUCUCUCAGUCUUCCAUGCGGACUACAAUAUCAGACGUAGGCGAUUGUUGAGGCGGUGGAUAGCUGAGGGCGGAAAUGCAGAGGGUUACUACAAGGAUAGGUUUGGCAUUAGUGCAGAUGAGGAUGGGGAAAUGUUGUUCUCUGAACUGAUCAAGUUGAGCAUAAUCCAGUAUCCACCAAACACGAAUGCAUCAAAUAGCAAGGUGAAAGACAUGUUCCAAGUUAACGGUUUCUUCCAUGGAUAUAUCAUGUCACGGAGAAUGGAUGAUAACCUUGUGUUUGCACCGGAGGGCCGUUGCAGCCCCAGCUUGCAAUGUGCUGGACAACACCUCACCAUUAGCACCACUUGGGACAGAGACGAGAGUGUAUUCAAGAGCAUGGACCUAUCACGACUACGUUCUUUCACAGUAUUUGGGAAGUGGAGGUCAUUCUUCGUCUCUAAGGGUAUCAAUAUGGCACUUCUUAGGGUGCUGGAUCUGGAGGAUACAUCAAGUGUAUCAGAUGGUGACCUCGAGAAGAUAGUGAAGCUACUGCCUUGUCUCAAGUUUCUAUCCUUGCGGGGAUGCGAAGAUAUCACUUGUCUGCCAGAUUCAGUGGGUGGACUGAGGCAGUUGCAAACUCUGGAUGUCAGACACACAUGUAUAGUAGAGUUACCAGCCUCCAUCAGCAAGCUACAAAAUCUACAAUAUAUUCGUGCAGGAAGCAUCAGAGCAUGA